UCAGGAAGUGAGAGUCAGACAGUCUUUGUCACUGAGAGGUGAAAUGGCGCAGAAAGGACUUGAGCUGGACCGAGAAACUUUCUCUUGUUCCAUCUGUCUGGAUCUACUGAAGGAUCCGGUGGCUAUUCCCUGUGGACACAGCUACUGCAUGAACUGUAUUAACAGUUUCUGGGAUGAAGGGGAUGAGAAGGAAACCCACAGCUGCCCUCAGUGUAGACAGAGCUUCACACCGAGGCCUGUCCUGCUGAAAAACACCAUGUUAGCAGUUUUAGUGGAGGAGCUGAAGAAGACUGGACUCCAAGCUGCUCCUGCUGAUCACUGCUAUGCUGGAGCUGGAGAUGUGGCCUGUGAUAUCUGCACCGGGAGAAAACUGAAAGCACACAAGUCCUGUCUGAUCUGUCUGGUCUCUUACUGCGAGAAACACCUUCAGCCUCAUUACAAUGUCGCUCAGUUAAAGAAACACAAGCUGGUGGAGCCGUCCAAGAAGCUCCAGGAGAACGUCUGCUCUCAUCACGAUGAGGUGAUGAAGAUGUUCUGCCGUACUGAUCAGCAGCUUAUCUGUUAUCUCUGCUCUAUGGAUAAACAUAAAGGCCACGACACAGUCUCAGCUGCAGCAGAGCGAGCUGAGAGGCAGAGAGAGCUCGAGGGGAGUCGACAAAACAUCCAGCAGAGAAUCCAGGACAGAGAGAAAGAUGUGAAGCUGCUUCAGCAGCAGGCGGAGGCCAUCAAUCUCUCUGCUGAUAAAGCAGUGGAGGACAGCGAGAAGAUCUUCACUGAGCUGAUCCGUCUCCUGGAGAAAAGAAGCUCUGAUGUGAAGCAGCAGGUCAGAUCCAGGCAGAAAAGUGAAGAGAGUCGAGUCAGGGAGCUUCAGGAGAAGCUGGAGCAGGAGAUCACUGAGCUGAAGAGGAGAGACGCUGAGCUGAAGAAGCUCUCACACACAGAGGAUCACAACCAGUUUCUACACAACUACCCCUCACUGUCACCACUCAGCCAAUCAGCAUCCAGCAUCCAUAUCCGUCCUCUGAGCUGCUUUGAGGACGUGACAGCGGCCGUGUCAGAAGUCAGAGAGAAACUACAGGACGUCCUGAGAGAGAAGUGGACAAACGACUCACUGACAGGGACUAAAGUGGAUGUUUUAAUGCCAGAACCAGAACCCAAGACCAGAGCUGGGUUCUUAAAAUAUUCACGUGACAUCACACUGGAUCCAAACACAGCAAACACACAGCUGUUAUUAUCUGAGGGGAACAGAAAGGCAACAUUAAUGGGGGAUUACCAGCCUUAUCCUAAUCACCCAGACAGAUUCACUAAAAGGUCUCAGGUCCUGAGUAGAGAGAGUCUGACUGGACGUUGUUACUGGGAGGUGGAGUGGAGCGAGAGAGGAGGAGGAGGAGUUUCUGUAGCAGUCGCAUGCAAGAAUAUCAGAAGAGCAGGGUGGUCGAAAGAAUGUUUAUUUGGACAAAAUUACAAAUCUUGGGCGUUAAGUUGUUGCAACAAAUACAGUUCUUCCUUUUGGUACAACAAAGUCCACGCUCCCGUCUCGGGUCCUGUGUCCUCCAGAGUAGGAGUGUACCUGGAUCACAGCGCAGGUAUCCUGUCCUUCUACAGCGUCUCUGACACCAUGACUCUCCUCCACAGAGUCCAGACCACAUUCACUCAGCCGCUCUAUGUAGGAUUUUGGAUUUUAAAUUCUAAAGACUCUGCUGAGUUGUGUAAACUGAAAUAGUAUAAUAUUGUAGUAAUUUUAGGGUUAAAUUCUGUGUUUUAACUCUUUUUGGUCUCCAUGUUUGUUGCUGGGAGCUGAUUGUCGUUUCUUAAAUGUUAUCAUAAUCAUGAAUAGUCUUUGAACAUUAUUUACUGAUGGGAUGUGUGAACAAACGGAAGCUUUACAUGAUGAAUAAACUAACAUGAACAAAGCA